AUGGCUCUGGCAAAAGUGCCUGGGACCUGCCUACUCACUGUCCGUAUCCUGCAAGCCUAUGACCUGCCCUCCAAGGACCUAGUGACCCCCUCUGACUGCUAUGUCACGCUCUGGCUGCCCACGGCCUGUAGCCAGAAACUGCAAACCCGCACGGUGAGAAACAGCAGAAAUCCUGUCUGGAAUCAGAGCUUCCACUUUCGGAUCCAUAACCAGCUCAGGAACAUCAUACAGCUGAAAAUCUUUGACCAGGACCUGGUCACUAGCGACGACCACCUGCUGUCCGUGCAAUUUGACGUGGGGACCCUGCGGGUUGGGGAGCACAAACACAAGAGCUUCCCACUGGGCUCAAAGGACAAGCGGCUGGAAGUGGAGUUCCGCCUGCGGAGCCUGUCAGACUGUGCUGAGCAGCUCGUCAGCAAUGACAUCCUCGUGGCCCGGGAGCUUUCAUGCCUGCAUGUUCGACUGGAGGAGAUGGGGGACCAGCAGGGGAAGGGCCGAGUUCAGCUUGUAGUCCCUGGAUCCUAUGAGGGCUCCCAGGAGGCAUCCGUGGGUGCUGGCUCCUUCUGUUUCCAUUUCCCUGCCUGCUGGGAGCAGGAGCUGAGUAUUCACCUGAAGGAUGAACAACUGAAGGUGCCCCUCAACUCCCUGCCCAACGGGCAGGUGGUACGGCUCGUCUUUCCUACUUCCCAGGAGCCCUUCAUGAGGGUGGAGCUGAAGAAGGAAGAAAGCCCUGAGAAACUGGCCGUGCGGUUGGGCAGUGGGCCCUGCACCGAGGAGCAGGCAUUCCUGAGCAGGAGGAAGCAGGUGGUGGCACGAGCCCUGAAGCAGGCCCUGCAGCUGGACGAAGACCUGCAGGAGGAUGAGGUCCCUGUGAUCGCUGUGAUGGCCACUGGCGGAGGCAUCCGGGCCAUGACCUCCUUGUACGGUCAGCUGGCUGGCCUGCAGGAGCUGGGCCUCCUGGACUGUGUCUCCUAUAUCACAGGGGCUUCCGGCUCCACCUGGGCCCUCGCCAACCUCUAUGAGGACCCAGAGUGGUCACAGAAGGACCUGGCUGAACCCACCAAGCUGCUGAAGACCCAGGUGACCAAGAACAAACUGGGUGUGCUGGCCCCCAGCCGGCUGUGGCAGUACCAGCAGGAAUUGGCUGAGCGCACCCGCCUGGGCCACCCGGCCUGCUUCACCAACCUCUGGGCUCUCAUCAACGAGGCCCUGCUGCAUGAUGAGCCCCAUGAACAUAAACUCUCAGAGCAGCGGGAGGCCCUGAGUCGGGGCCAGAACCCGAUGCCCAUCUACUGUGCCCUCAACACCAAGGCACAGGGCCUGAGCACCUUUGAAUUUGGAGAGUGGUGUGAGUUCUCCCCCUACGAGGUCGGCUUCCCUAAGUAUGGGGCCUUCAUUCCUUCCGAGCUCUUCGGCUCUGAGUUCUUUAUGGGGCGCCUGAUGAAGCAGCUCCCCGAAUCCCGUAUCUGCUUUCUGGAAGGGAUCUGGAGCAACCUGUAUGCAGCCAACCUCCAGGACAGCUUGUACUGGGCCUCAGAGCCCGGGCAGUUCUGGGAGCACUGGGCAAAGGAUCAGGCCAGUCUGGAAAAAGAACGGGUUCCUCUUCUGAAGAUAGAGGAGACGCAGACAGUGGCUGGCAAAAUCGCAGAGUUCUUCACGGACCUGCUGACGAGGCGUCCACUCGCCCAGGCCUCACAUAACUUCCUCCGUGGCCUCCAUUUCCAUAAGGACUAUUUUGAGCAUCUGCACUUCUCUGCCUGGAAAGCCACCAAACUGGACGGGUGUCCCAAUGAGCUGACUCCCAUGGAGCCCUACCUGUGCCUGCUGGAUGUGGGCUACCUCAUCAACACCAGUUGCCCACCCCUCCUGCGGCCCAUGCGGGAUGUGGAUCUCAUCGUGUCACUGGACUACAACCUCCAAGGCGCCUUCCAGCAGCUGCAGCUCCUCGGCCGGUUCUGCGAGGAGCAGGGCAUCCCCUUCCCCGCGGUGGAGCCCGCAGCCGAGGAGCUGCGGCAGCCCCGGGAGUGCCACUUGUUCCUGGACCCCGACCGCCCCGAAGCCCCCGCCGUGCUGCACUUCCCGCUGGUCAACGACACCUUCCGCACGCACUCGGCACCCGGCGUCCGGCGGGCCCCCGAGGAGAUGGCGGCGGGCGCGGUGGACCUGUCCGCCUCGGGCUCCCCGUACCACUACUCGAAGGUGACCUACAGCGCCGACGACGCCGACAAGCUGCUGCGCCUGGCCCGCUACAACGUCUGCAACAACCGCGGCCGCCUGCUCGAGGCGCUGCGCCUGGCCCUGCGGCUGCGGAGGCGCAAGCGGAGGGGGCCGCAGCCCCAGUGA